ACAAAAAGAAGCUCUAUGUAUACCCAAAAAAAGCAACAGAAAGAAAUUCUAGCCAAAAAUAAGGAGUGUAUAUAUCAACUGAUACCGCAAUCCCAUUUUCUUCCCCUUCCGAUCUACCGCUUCGCCCUAGCGCUUCUUGGGCGACCUCCUCUUCCUCCUUACGGCGCUCGCUUUCGUAGACGAACUCGCCUUCUUGGGCGCCCUUUCGACCUCGCCGACCUGAACUUUGAGGUGGACCACUGGCUUUGGAAGGCCUAUUGGGUGCUAAAAUACCGUCUCGGGCUAUGCACUCGGCCACGAUUCCUUCGCAAGUUUUCUCCUUUAGAUGUAAGGGAUCCUCCUAAAUUGCAUUUUCCUGUGUUCCACAAGUUGUCGAGAAUUACGGCAAAAGGAAGAACUCUGUCGACAAAGUGCUGUCUAAGUGUCAGAGGCGAAGGGCUUGAAAGAUUUGAACACUCGGUGGGAGACAAAGAUGCCGUGAUCAUCGUUGAUCAUGGAUCUCGACGGCAAGAAUCUAAUUUUAUGCUGGAUGAGUUUGUUGCCAUGUUCAAAGCUAGGACUGGUUAUAGGAUAGUGGAACCUGCUCAUAUGGAAUUGGCUGCACCAUCAAUCAGGGAUGCAUUUGAAACAUGUGUGCUACAAGGAGCAAAACGAGUUAUUGUCAGUCCAUUUUUCCUCUCCCCAGGACGGCAUUGGCAUCAGGAUAUCCCUGCGUUAGCAGCUGAGGCAUCCAGGGAGCACUCAGGCAUAUCCUAUAUCAUCACAGCACCUCUUGGUCUGCAUGAGCUUAUGGUGGAUGUGAUGAAUGACCGAAUAAAGCACUGCCUGAGCCAUGUAGCUGCUGAUGCUGAUGAGUGCACUGUAUGUGCUGGAACAGGAAAAUGUCGUUUAUAUUGAGAAAAUGUCAUUUAUAGGCAAACUGUCAUGCACAGGAUCAUAAAAGGAUGAUGAUAUGGGAGCAAGGAGUUGUAAAGUUAACUGUGCAUCUGCGGAGGAGAUUUCGUUCACUUGUCCUUCUCCAUUCUUUCCCCACCCCCUCCAAAGCCAGCAGUCAUCAGUUAUAUGUUUUAUUUAACAAUAUAUUUGCCAAAUCCUGAAGUUCUUGACUUCAGGGGUAUGUAAUAUCCUGGCCGGUAUAUCUUUUUAAGUGAUGCUCACUGGUGAACGGUCUGAGCUGUCAUUCUUUGUGCUAAAUUCACGGAGGAUCUUUUGAAGUGCACUUCUUGUAUGCUUAUUCGCUGUUUGGGCUCUUUCA